AUGAGGCGGGCCCUGGCGAUCGCCGCGGGUGCCGCCUGGAGGUCGCCAUCCCAUGGGCGUGGGGGCCCCGGGCCCCAGCGCUUCAGGCCUCCCGAGCAGAUGGGGUCGGAGCCCGUGUUUCCCCUCGUGUCUCGCCCCCCCUCAUUCCUCGCCCUCCCCCGUUCAUCCAGCACGCAGGCCUCCACCGUCGAGCGGCAUGUGGCGGCCCGCAGGCAGCGCUGCACCACUGGCCACCGCUGCCCAGGGCCAGGCCUCCGUCGGCCGCGCGCAGAGGGUGGUGUUCAGGAGAGGGAGGGCGACCGAGGACGGCUCUGCGGGGACCGCGGCUAG